UCCUUCUCAAAGUUUUAUAUAAAGAACAGAUCCCUAAUUCUAAAAUCUUCCUAUAUUUUGCUACUUUUUGCUACGGUGAAUGGUGACUUCAAAUUUGGUGGUUCCAGUUCCAGAAAUGUCCCUUCUAAUAUUUCAGAAUCCACAAAUCAUCGGGACACCGGUUUGAAACAACAGCUCAAGAGAAAAAUCACUAAAAAUUUUUUUUUUGAUUUAAUAAAAUUGAUUUUACCUUAUCACAAAAAUCCAGCAGAAUCAAGAAAAAUAAUUUUUAUAUUAAUAUCUCAAAUAAUUUUAUUGUCAUCAAAAAUAUUUCUAAAUUUAAAAGUUGCUUCAUUAGACGGAAAACUAGUUUCAAAUUUAAUUUCAAACAAUUUCAAAAAUUUCAUCAAGUUGAUUUUCAUUUGGCUAGUUAUUGGAAUUCCAAUUUCGUUAAUUAAUUCCACUUUAGAAUACUUAUCGAGCAAUUUAUCAAAAUUGAUUAAAAUUAAUUUGACUUCUUCUUUGAUUGAGGAUAGCUACUUUAAAAGAAAUAAUUUUUAUAAAAUAAUUCAUUUGGAUAACAGAAUUUCCGAUCCUCAUCAGAGAAUCUGCAAUGAUAUUCCUAAGUUUGCUAAAUCAUUGAGUACAUUGCCAACACGAUUAUUCAAUCCUUCUAUUAAUUUAUUGAUUUGCGCCAACCAAUUGGCUAAUUAUGGUCAAAAUAUUGGUGGAGCUGAAGGCACUUUAUUGCUUGGUUUAGUUGUUCAUUUUUCCACUUUGUUUUUAAAAUUGGUUUCUCCCAAAUUUUCCAAAAUCACUGCCGAGCAAUCUCAAAUAGAAAGUGAUUUUAAAACUCUUCAUUCUAAAAUUAUAAACAAUAACGAACAAAUCGCCGCUUUACGAGGCUAUCAUAAAGAGCUAUCUAAUUUAGAUUUGGCUUAUUUUAGAAUUGAAAAUUUUUUAAAAUCAACUUUUAGGAAAAUCGCAAUAUAUGACUUAUCUAAAACUUUCAUUAUCAAGUAUACUUGGGGUGCUUUAGGAUUGAUUUUAUGCUCCUUUCCAAUUUUCUUUUCAAAAAAUAUUAACAAGAAGACAAUAUCUCAAGAUUUUAUUAGAAACAGAAGACUAUUAAUGAGUGCUUCGGUUUCUUUAGGUCAAAUCUUAUCUUCCAAAAAAUAUGUCGACGAGGUAAUUGGCUUUUCAUCAAGAAUUAUUCAAUUUAGACAAAUAUUAAAUGAUUUACAAGAAAAGGAUGACGGAUUUCCUUCGACUAAUAACUUAAAUCACAAUGAUAAUUUGAUCUCUUUCAAAGAUGUUCCAUUAACAACCCCUACAGGUCAAACCCUUAUUCCAAGUUUAACUUUUAAAAUAGAUCACGGAGAUAACUUGCUAAUAUUAGGCCCAAAUGGUUCCGGCAAAUCUUCUUUGUUUCGAAUUUUAAAUAAUUUAUGGCCAUUUACCAAAGGUGAAUUGAUUGUUCCAAAUUAUUCUCUGAUUUUUUAUUUACCUCAAAAACCUUAUUUAAUUAAAGGAAAAACUUCUCUAAAAGGACAAAUUAUCUACCCUAAAACUUUAAUGGAAUUUAAUGAUGAAAACAAAGACCUGAAAAUAAGAACAUCAACGAUUGAUAGAAUUUGGAAUAUACUAAAUAUUUUAGAGUUGGAUGAUUUAGUGGAUGAUGAUGCUGAAAAUUCGGUUUCAAUUGAUGAAUUUGAUUUGAUUAAAAAUUGGUCUGAAGAGCUAUCAUUAGGAUCCCAGCAAAAACUAGCAAUGGCCCGGUUAUACUAUCAUCGUCCAAAAUUUGCUGUUUUAGAUGAGUGUACUUCGCAGGUUACUCCAGAAAUGGAAACAGCAAUGUACGAACACGCCACAAAAGCGUUGAAAAUAUCAAUAAUAUCUGUUGCCCAUAGAACCUCUUUGUGGAAGUUUCAUAAUUACUUGCUACAGUUUAACGGUGAUGGUACAUACAUUUUCAAGAAAUUUAAUUAUAAAAAGAGAUUGGCCUUGCAAGAUGAGAAAUUUUUGAUUGAGAAAAACUUGAAUAAUGUCGGAUCUCUUCAAUCCAGAAUGAACGAGUUGAAAAUUGUCAAAGAAAAUGAGUUUAUCAAACAAAAAUCGCACUCAGAUCUAUCUUCUUUAAGC